GCAGCCUGUCACCUGGAAGAUGCCGAGGUCCUGCGGCAGUCGUUCAGGGGUCCUGCUGUUGGCCUUGCUGCUUCAGACCUCCAUGGAAGUGUGGGGCUGGUGCCUGGAGAGCAGGCAGUGUCAGGACCUCACCACGGAAAGCAACCUACUGGCUUGCAUCCGAGCCUGCAAACCUGACCUCUCGGCGGAGACGCCCGUGUUCCCAGGCAACGGGGACGAGCAGCCGCUGACCGAGAACCCCCGGAAGUACGUCAUGGGCCACUUCCGCUGGGAUCGCUUCGGCCCCAGGAACGGCAGCGGCGCGGCGCAGAGGCGCGCGGAGGAGGAGGCAGAGGAGGAAGAUGCUGCUGCGCCUGCGGCUGCUGCGUCGGGGGAAGACGGUCGCGCUGAGCCCGGCCUGCGCGAGGGCAAGCGCUCCUACUCCAUGGAGCACUUCCACUGGGGCAAGCCGGUGGGCAAGAAGCGACUGGAGCACUUCCGCUGGGAUCGCUUCGGCCCCAGGAACGGCAGCGGCGCGGUGCAGAGGCGCGCGGAGGAGGAGGAAGAGGAGGAAGAUGCUGCUGCAGCUGCUGCUGCGGCUGCGGCGGCGGCGGGGGAAGACGGUCGCGCUGAGCCCGGCCUGAGCCAGGGCAAGCGCUCCUACUCCAUGGAGCACUUCCGCUGGGGCAAGCCGGUGGGCAAGAAGCGACUGGAGCACUUCCGCUGGGGCAAGCCGGUGGGCAAGAAGCGCCGGCCAGUGAAGGUGUACCCCAACGCCGCCGAGAACGAGUCGGCGGAGGCCUUUCCCCUGGAGUUCCGGAGGGAGCUGGCGGGCGAGCGGCCCGACGGCUUGGAGCACGUCCUGGAGCCCGACGCGGACGCGGACGACGGGCCCUAUCGGAUGGAGCGCUUCCGCUGGGGCAGCCCGCCCAAGGACAAGCGCUACGGCGGCUUCAUGACCUCCGAGAAGAGCCAGACGCCCCUGGUGACACUCUUUAAGAACGCCAUCGUCAAGAACGCUCACAAGAAGGGCCAGUGAGGGCGCAGGGGUCUUCUCACCCCAAGCCCCGAUCCCUGCGUGGGCGAGCUGCUGGCCGCGGCAGACCUCGAGCCUCCUUCCUACAGCAGCCUGUAGUUAGGAAAUAAAACCUUUCAGAUUUCCCAGA